AUGUACUUCCUGUACGGGCUUCUCGAGAGUACGGGGCCUCUCAAGGCUGUCGGACAGAGGCCGUGGGCGAGUGGGCAGGGGGCCUUGGCCCCGUACUCCCAGCUAGUUUUGAUGCCCACUAUAAGCUAUAGCAAUAUCUUCGAUCUAGUUACCUUGCCACACCGCACCACACCAUAUCAUGCCACACACCUGCCAAUCACUCCGGGUGGCAAUUCUAUUUCUGCCUGUGAGCUGACGUGCAUCCUAAUUGGUGCCCUGGCCAGACCCGUCGUCCCCGCCGGGCAGAGCAUGAAGGAGGGUCGCUGGGACAGGAAGCUCUACAGCGGCACGGAGCUCUACGGCAAGACCCUGGCCGUCCUGGGCCUGGGCCGCAUCGGACGCGAGGUGGCCAUCCGCAUGAAGACGUGGGGCAUGAAGAUAAUUGGCUACGAUCCCAUCACCACGGAGGCGGAGGCCAAGGCUGUGGGGAUUCAGAAGCUCUCCCUGGAGGAGAUCUGGCCACUAGCCGACUAUAUAACGGUGCACACGCCUCUGAUUCCAGCCACCAGAAAUCUCAUCUCCACGGAGACUCUGGCCAAGUGCAAGAAGGGCGUCAAGGUCGUGAACGUGGCUCGGGGCGGCAUCAUAGAUGAGCAGGCCAUCAUCGACGCCCUUGAGAGUGGUCAAGUGGCCGGGGCCGCCUUCGACGUGGUGGCCACGCCCCAUUUGGGAGCCAGCACAGCGGAGGCGCAAGUGCGUGUUGCCGUCGAGGUGGCAGAGCAGUUCAUCGCCCUCAAUGGCACAUCCCCGAAGUACACGAGCACCGCGGGCGUUAUCAACAAGGAGGCCCUCGCCCAUUAUCAGUAG